GUCGCGCGCAACCUUUCACCCGACGUCGCUGGACGGCGCCACACGGAAGUGCCAUGGCGGCGGCCGCGGGCGGCCGAGACGGUGGCGGUUUCCCGUCAGCGGCUCAGCGCAGGCUGCAGAUCCUCUCGGGCCACCUGAGGAGGAGCGCUCCGGGCGCAGACCUGUCCGCCGGUCCGUGCCGAGGGCGGGCAGGCACGCCGCUGACGACGACGCCGCCGCCGGCGGGAACUCGGCCACACACUUUCCCCAAGAGGCGGCAAGAAGUUUUAAAAUGGAAUGGAUGGGGAUACAAUGACUCAAGAUUCAUAUUCAAUAAGAAGGGGCAAGCAGAAUUCACUGGAAAAAGGUACCGGCUAGGUGGAGUUGUGUUCCCUCUUUUGAAAGAAUGGCUAGAGAAAAAUGUUGGCGGAAAUCUGGAGCAUAAAAGUAUCUCUAAAGCAUCCUUAAAUGUUAGUGAUGUACCUCCCUCCAUUGCAAGUGAAGAAUUUCUGCAAGAUCUCCAAGUUGCUAAAAUAACAUAUUCCCAAGAACCUGAAACUAGGGUAUUCAGAGCUCAUGGUCAUUGCCUACAUGAAAUAUUUUUGCUCAGGGAAGGAAUGUUUAAAAGAGUUCCUGAUGUAGUUGUUUGGCCAGAAUGUCAUGAUGAUGUAGUUAAAAUUGUGGAAAUAGCCUGCAAGCAUAAUGUUUGUAUUAUACCAUAUGGUGGAGGAACAAGUGUUUCUAGUGCUCUGGAGUGUCCUGAGGAUGAGAAAAGAACCAUUGUUUCAUUGGACACUUCACAGAUGAAUAGGAUUCACUGGAUAGAUGAGAAAAAUCUAACUGCUCAUGUUGAAGCUGGUAUUGCUGGACAAGACUUGGAAAGACAGCUGGGAGAAAGUGGGUACUGUACAGGCCACGAACCAGAUUCCAUGGAGUUCAGCACUCUCGGAGGAUGGGUGGCAACCCGAGCAUCAGGCAUGAAGAAAAACAUUUAUGGAAACAUUGAAGACCUGGUGGUUCAUAUUAAAAUGGUAACUCCAAGAGGUGUAAUACAAAAGAACUGUCAAGGACCGCGCAUGUCAACAGGACCUGACAUCCAUCAUUUCAUUUUAGGAUCUGAAGGAACCCUGGGAGUGGUAACAGAAGUUACUAUAAAAAUCCGACCAAUCCCUGAAUAUCAAAAGUAUGGCUCUGUAGUAUUUCCAAACUUCGAGAAAGGGGUGGCCUGCUUAAGAGAAAUAGCAAAGCAGCGAUGCGCGCCUGCAUCUAUUCGGCUUAUGGACAAUGAACAGUUUCAGUUUGGACAUGCUCUUAAACCACAGGUUUCUUCAAUUUUUACAUCACUUCUGGAUGGGUUGAAAAAAUUCUACAUAACAAAGUUCAAAGGAUUUGAUCCCAAUCAGUUAUGUGUUGCUACUUUGCUCUUUGAAGGUGACAGAGAAAAGGUUCUUCAGCAUGAGAAGCAAGUUUAUGAUAUUGCUGCCAAAUUUGGGGGUCUGGCAGCUGGAGAAGACAAUGGACAGAGAGGGUACAUGCUAACAUUUGUUAUUGCUUACCUUCGGGAUUUGGGCAUGGAUUAUUAUAUAAUAGGUGAAUCGUUUGAGACUUCUGUUCCCUGGGAUAGGGUUUUAGACCUCUGUAGAAAUGUAAAGGAACGAAUAGGAAGAGAAUGCAAAGAGAAAGGUGUCCAGUUUCCUCCUUUUGCAACUUGUCGGGUAACACAAACAUAUGAUGCAGGGGCAUGCGUCUAUUUUUACCUGGGCUUCAAUUACAGAGGAAUAAGUGACCCUGUUCGUGUUUAUGAAUAUAUAGAGAUGGCAGCUAGAGAAGAAAUCCUUGCUAAUGGAGGAAGCUUGUCACAUCAUCACGGAGUGGGCAAAUUGCGGAAACAGUGGCUGAAAGAGUGUGUCUCUGAUGUUGGCUUUGGGAUGCUGAAGUCAGUUAAGCAGUUUGUGGAUCCCAACAACAUCUUUGGAAACAGGAACCUUUUAUAACACUCCUUACUCUCCAAAUGGAAGCUAAAUAAUAGUACUAAUAAUGGUUUGAGUCGUCUCAUGGCUAUCCCAGUAUCCAAAUAUAGCAUGGACCCAGGUUCAAAGCCAUUUUCUUUCUUAUACCUAUUAUUUCUUGAAUUAAACACCAUCGGUUAUUCAUACUAGACUACUUUGGAUUGUUGCUAAACCUUUCACAUACCACCAGUCCAAAAUAUUAAGGUCAGUGCAGUUGAUAACCUAUUUGGAUUGCUUUCUGCUGCAGUACAAGAAUGUCCAAGAGUGAUUUCUUUGUCAUAAGAGCCCCGUUGAUACACUUCUGGAAAGCAGAUGAAAAAUAGGAUAAAAUUUAGAUAAGGUAGCAUUUUUAACUGAAGGUUAAGUAAAUGAAGGAAUGCCAUGCUGCAGUGAAAUACAAAAACCAUAAAUUUUUGUCGUCAAAAUGGUCAUGUGUCCCAUCGGUUGUUAUUGGGAAAUACAAUAAAACAAUGUUUUAAACUGCA